AUGCCAGACCUCACCUUGCAAGAGAUUGAGGAGAAGGUGAUGGCGGCGAAGCCCUGGAAAGCGCCUGGGGAGGACGGCCUUCCUGCGAUCGUGUGGAAGAAGCUCUGGCACGUGGUCAAGCACCGGGAGCGGAUCUACAAGGCCUGGAGAACGGGCAGAGUGCUCAGCCUCAUCAGCUUUGACGUCAAAGGCGCAUACAACGGAGUGUGCAAAGAGCGAAUGCUCGAAAGGAUGAAAGCCCGAGGCAUCCUGAACCUGGUGCAACGACGGAUCAGUAACAAUGGCGGCUCCAUCGCCUUCGUGGACGAUUACUCUGCCUGGGUCACGGGGCCAACGGCAGAGUCAAACAGAGAUGGUAUUCAAUCGAUUAUCGAUGAGGCGCUUGAUUGGGAGAAGCGCAGCGGCGCCACAUUUGAAGCAGAGAAGACAUCCGUCAUCCACUUCACACGCAUCGCGGAGCGCGACAGCGACCUGCCUCUCAUCUUCAAAGGAAACGAUGUCAGCCGAAGAGCAACCCGCCAAGGGCUGGCCGCGGCCAUGUGCUUGAAACGACUGAAGAUGGCCUCGCCACGGAUGGCGAGGCAACUGUUCGUAGCGACGGUGGCGCCAGCCAUGGACUAUGCCUCAAACGCUGUCACGGGAGGCUUUCGCACAGUGGCAACGGCAGUGGCCGAGGCCGAGGCCGGCGUGCAAUCGUUCCGAGAACGGCAUGCUCAAGCGGCAGCGAAAUUCUGGAUAAGGAUGCGGACGCUCCCGAAGACGCAUCCUAUGACAUCGUUGAGGCUCAAGCUGAACAGGAGGUAUGCGUCACCAAUGCAGAAGCUCGCCUCGGCGAUGGGAAGACUAGAUACCAAGCGCCUGGAAGUCAUCCACGAGUUCGCACUGGCGCCGUGGGACGAACGAAUGCAGGCAACGUACGAGGCAGACCGAGCGGAGGUGCUGAAGUCGGAUGACCCGGAGGACAUCACUAUCGCGACGUCCAGCUCGCAAAGGAAAGGCAAGGUCGGGUUGGGAGGCGUCGUUCGGGAUGCUUCCCGUGACAGCGCAGACGAGGUGCUGGCCAGCUACUCCGUCACCCUUGGCUCCAGUGAUGAGCAGAAUGCCUACACAGCAGGACUCGAGGCAAUCGCCAUGGCCCUGAGGUGUGUACCUAGGUCUUCAUGA